CACAGUUGCUAACUAGCAAUUAAACCCAUCAAGCUUAGGGCGGACCCCACCUGCUGGUGUUUUGUCUGGCUUUGUGUAGAAUCGGUGUAGCUGCAUUUGGACGAAUGAGGGUACAUCAUCGGCCUUUCGCAUCAAAUGUAAAGUCGUCUUUUAGGCCCCGCCGGCAUCCUGCGGUGGUAUGCGCAUCUAUAGCAUCGUCGUCGAGAACCGGGACAUGCGCUUACACAACUUACCACACGCUGCCUGACGGCAAGAAGCUAGAGCUCCUGGUACAGAAAGCUCCGCAAGAUCCUGCGGCGCCUUCCUCUUCUCCUCGGCCGCCCCUGCUGUUCGUCCAUGGCUCCUACCAUGCGGCCUGGUGCUGGCAGGAAAACUUCAUGCCGUACUUCUCGUCCCGCGGGUACGACACCUACGCAGUCAGCUUCCGAGCCCAGGGAAGCAGCGAUCCCGCUCCCCCCGGGCAGUCCGUUGCCGGCACUCUGGAUGCCCACGCGGCCGACCUAGCCACUCUGGUGCCGCUAGUGCAAUCCAUGUCUGCUACUGACGCUAACGCUAACGCUGCUGCUGCGGACGCUAACGGUGGUAGCGCUGGUGGUGGAAGCGGCAGCGGUAGCAGCGGCCGUGCUCCCGUCCUGGUGGCACAUUCCUUUGGCGGCCUGAUCGCGCAAAAGUACGUCCUGGGCUUGGCCAAGCCCGGUUCCUCCUCAGCAUCUUCCUCCUCCUCCUCGCCGCCUCCCCCCGCUCCUGGCUCCUUCCCGCCUCUCUCCGGUGCCGCCUUCCUGAACAGUGUGCCGCCCACUGGCAACAAGAAGCUGGUGUUGCGGUUCAUGCAGCGGGACUUCUUGUACUCCAUGAGGCUGACCUGGGGCUUCAUGGCACGGACGUUUGGCAAGAGCCGCGAGUCGUGUCGCGAGUUCUUCUUCUCCAAGGACCUCCCCCUUGACAAGUUGGAGAGGUACCGCCAACAACUAGCAGCGGCCAGCGCCGUUCGCCUGCUCGAUCUCAGAGACAUGAACGCGCAGGUGCCGCUGCCGCCGCCGCCCCCGCACGCACCACCAGCCUUUGUGCUAGGUGGCGUGGAGGACGGAGUCGUGGACCCGCCGGCCGUGGAGGAGCUCGCCGCGUAUUAUGGUGUCAAGCCCGUGCUGCUGGAUAACAUGGCGCAUGAUUCCAUGCUGGACACUCGAUGGGAGCGGGCGGCUCAGGAGCUUGAAAACUGGCUGGGAACACUCUGAGAGGUCAACACUCUUGAGGUGUCUGGAGCGCCCGGUGUCGAUGUGGUCUUCGUGGUUGGAAACUCCCACUUGCUUUUUUAAGGGAUGGCCACGUCUGAGGAAUUUACGUUGCUGGUUCAGAGGGGAGUCAUAGCCGAAGAAAUGAUCACCUGCAGCUGAUGGUGCGGGUUCUGGUUCCAAGCAGUUGCAUCGGAGCAACCGGAUUGGCCACCUGGGGAGCGGGAUUGGGUUGCUGUGGGUGGGCAUUGAGGGUGCAUGUAAUGUGUAAUGUGGACCCGCAGCUCUUGGGGAUGUGCGGUGUAGGCGUGCAGCGGUAACCAACCGUGCCAAGCCAGUGGCGUUGCCAUGACGACAUGAUGGCUGUACAAGGGUCGAGCAAAGCAGGAUAGUGUGAACGUUACUGAACCUGCCAAACCAUGAAGACAUCGUACAUCUCGUACAAAGCCCGUUCCCAC